AUGGGUGUCAAGGGAUUCGUCGAGGGCGGCAUCGCCUCCAUCGUGGCCGGCUGCUCCACGCACCCGCUGGACCUCAUCAAGGUCCGCAUGCAGCUGCAGGGUGAAGCCGCCGCGGCGCCGCAGCCAGCGCUACGCCCGGCGCUCGCCUUCCACGCCGGUGGCCACGCCGUCGCGCUCCCGCACCACGACAUCCCGGCGGCGGCGGCGGCGGUGCCGAGGAAGCCGGGGCCGCUGGCCGUGGGCGCGCAGAUCCUGCGGUCCGAGGGCGCGGCGGGGCUCUUCUCUGGUGUCUCCGCCACCAUGCUGCGCCAGACGCUCUACUCCACCACGCGGAUGGGGCUGUACGACAUCCUCAAGACAAAGUGGACCCCGCAGGACAACAACGGCGUCCUCCCGCUGCACCGCAAGAUCGCGGCGGGGCUCGUGGCGGGGGGCGUCGGCGCGGCCGUGGGCAACCCGGCCGACGUGGCCAUGGUGCGGAUGCAGGCGGACGGGCGCCUCCCCCUCGCGGAGCGCCGGAACUACGCCGGCGUCGGCGACGCCAUCGGCCGGAUGGCGCGUGACGAGGGCGUCCGCAGCCUGUGGCGCGGGUCGUCGCUCACGGUGAACCGCGCCAUGAUCGUCACCGCGUCGCAGCUCGCCACGUACGACCAGGCCAAGGAAGCCAUCCUGGCGCGCCGGGGCCCUGGCGCCGACGGGCUCGCCACGCACGUCGCCGCCAGCUUCACCGCGGGCAUCGUGGCGGCGGCCGCGUCCAACCCGGUGGAUGUCGUCAAGACGAGGAUGAUGAACAUGAAGGUGGCGCCCAGCGCGCCCCCGCCGUACGCCGGCGCCGUCGACUGCGCCCUCAAGACGGUAAGGUCGGAAGGGCCCAUGGCGCUGUACAAGGGGUUCAUCCCCACCGUGAUGCGCCAGGGGCCAUUCACCGUCGUGCUCUUCGUCACGCUCGAGCAGGUGCGCAAGGUCUUCAAGGGCGUCGAGUUCUGA